CAAUGACGUCACAGUCCAGUUUCCACGGAAGGCGGCGUGUUAGAGGGCGGCGUUUUGCCCCGGGGGUCUGGAGCGCGUGAGGGGUCUGGGUGCAGAACUCGGUUUAACUCAGUUCACUUUCCGACUUGUGUGGGGAAAGUUCUUUACAUCCAGCACAGCCAUGCAGUUGCAGGAGUGGUUGCGUUCCUUUCGCCUCAGCAGCGGUGACUUAGGGAGCGCUGAUGUAACAGAUCUCAGGGCUCUUCUUCCCUCCCUGGCGCUCUCUCCUCCUUCUCUCCUCGGGCUCGGAGCCUUGGCCUCGCUCACUGCCUACUGGCUGGUUACCCGACCUCGCUCCAUCCGGCCUCCGUGCGACCUGAAGGCUCAGUCCAUACCUGUGCAGGGAGACGCCAGUUGCAGACGUUCCGCCUUACUGAAGGACGACAAACUGCUAGACUUCUACUUUGAAGAUACCAAGACCGUGUACGACAUGUUUCAGAGAGGCCUGAGGAUCGCAGGUGACGGGCCGUGCCUUGGCUUCAGGAAACCGGGAAAACCGUAUCAGUGGAUCUCCUACGCCGAGGUGGCAGAGAGGGCACAGGUGCUGGGCUCCGGCCUGCUGGCUAAAGGAUGCAAGCCUACUCCUAAACAGUUCAUCGGCAUCUUCGCCCAGAACAGGCCAGAGUGGGUUAUUACAGAGUUGGCGUGCUACACCUUCUCCAUGGCUUUAGUGCCUCUGUAUGACACACUGGGCCUGGAGGCCAUGGUGCACAUCCUCUACUUGGCGGAGAUCUCUCUGGUGGCCUGUGAUAAAGAGGAGAAGGCCGAGUCUCUGUUGGUCAAUAAGGAGAAUGGUUUGAUUCCUACUCUGUCCUGUCUGGUGAUCUUUAACCCUGUGAGCGCCGCCCUGGUGGAGAGAGGGAGGAAGUGUGGUGUGGAGAUUUUGCAGCUCGAACAGCUCAUGGAUUUGGGCAGGGAAAAUCUCCAGGCUCCAGUACCUCCUCAGCCUGAGGACCUGGCUGUGGUGUGCUUCACCAGCGGAACUACAGGAAAGCCAAAAGGAGCCAUGAUCACGCACGGCAACAUCACCUCCAACACCUCGUCCGUCAUUAAGAUCCUGGAGGGCUUUUUCGAGAUUCGUCAGGAGGACGUGUCGAUCUCGUACCUGCCCCUCGCUCACAUGUUUGAACGCAUGAUUCAGGUGUCUAUGUUCUGUCACGGAGCGAGAGUGGGCUUCUACCAGGGGGACAUCUCGCUGCUCAUGGACGACAUCAAAACUCUGAAGCCCACCUUCUUCCCCGUGGUGCCCCGCCUACUCAACCGCAUCUACGAUAAGAUCCAGGGUUCAGUGACAUCCGUGUUGAAGAGGGCCAUCCUACACUACGCCGUGAGCCGGAAACAGGCCGAGCUGAGCAGCGGAAUCGUCCGUAAUGACAGUGUGUGGGACAGACUAGUGUUCAGUAAGAUCCAGGCCAGUCUGGGAGGAAACCUGCGCUUCAUGCUGACCGCCUCGGCUCCCAUCUCGCCCACAGUGCUGUCCUUCCUCAGAGCUGCCCUCGGCUGCCUGAUAUUCGAAGGCUACGGUCAGACUGAGUGCACGGCUGGCUGUACGUUCUCUAUGCCUGGAGACUGGAGUGCAGGUCAUGUUGGAGCUCCUCUUCCUUGUUCCAUGGUGAAACUGACCAACAUUCCAGACAUGAACUAUUACGCCAAGAACGGACAAGGAGAGAUCUGUAUCCGGGGACCCAGUGUAUUUCAGGGUUACCUGAGGGAUGAGGACAGGACGGCUGAAGCUCUGGACAGUGACGGCUGGUUACACACGGGAGAUGUGGGACAGUGGCUGCCGAAUGGGACUCUUCGCAUCAUAGACAGAAAGAAGAAUAUCUUUAAACUGUCUCAGGGAGAAUACAUCGCUCCAGAGAAGAUCGAGAACGUCUACAUGCGUUGUGUACCUGUGCUGCAGGUGUUUGUGCAUGGAGACAGUCUACAGUCUUAUUUAAUAGGUAUCGUGGUUCCAGACCCAGAAGUUUUUGUAAACUGGGUCAAAGAGAGAGGAAUUGUGGGAUCGUAUGAAGAGCUCUGUCAGAAUCCUGACGUGAAGAAAGCCGUGCUGGAGGACAUGACCGCAGAGGGCAAGAAAGCAGGACUGAAGUCUUUUGAGCAGGUGAAGGAUUUGUAUCUGCACCCAGAGAUGUUCAGCAUCAGUAACGGCCUCCUCACUCCCACCCUGAAGAGCAAGCGCGUGGACCUGCGGCGCGUCUUCAGCGAGCAGAUCGCACACAUGUACAGCGAAUCGGCCUUAUAAAGACACGGCACCGGCUGCUGAAUUUUAUUAACAACAUUUUAACUUUAUCGACUUUUAGUAUCCAUGCUGAACUGGAAAUAAGCUCUGGGGAUCAUAAGCUAGGUAUCACACAGGACGCACCGCCGCGCUCCAACCUCUUACGCUAACUCACCGCGUACGUAACCGAACACAAAGAACAGGUGAGGAAGCAGCGAAGCGUGUCGAAAAGAGUUUCUUACCAACUUCGGUUAAAUCUCGUGCGACUUUUAUCAGAUCUACAAACGUGCGCCGAUCCCUCGGGUCGCUCUGACUUUUGACGCCAUCGUGUCCGUCCACUACCUGCCGCUUUAACGGCCGCCGUUUGUUAAAUAGUUCUUUAUUCCUAACAGUUCUCGAUCACGUCACGUGUUUUUUUUUAUUUAGUUAAAAGCAAAGAAGUCGCACGUUCAUCGAAAGGCCGAGACGGACGACGGUAAUUUCUCUGUAAUUUAUAUAAACGUGUGUGUGUAUAAUAAACAUUUGUGUGCUGUACAGAUCGAGACUUAGACCUGCAGAUGAGGGAAAAGUCCCACUAAUUCCAACCAGCCUAGAACCGUACUGUAUUUUAUACAUGCUGUCUCAUCAAGCAGAUGAAUAAAGAGAUGUUCUAAUCGUG